AAACUGAAACAAUUGAAACGAAGCAGCCCACUUUACCAAUGCUGCUGGAUGUCAUCAUUUGGCUGCCGACACUAUUCACAUAUCUUGUCUUCCUGCUCAUACUCAUCAUACUGUUCUUCAUUGUGGUCUAUGUCAGUCACAAGAUCUAUAUAUCCAUCUAUGACAAUCUGCCGCUGCCAGCGGCACCUCGCUCCCAAUCAUCCCUGAACUUGCCCAGGGAUCACGGCUUAGGCCAGAAUCUUGGGCAACAGUUGAGUGCACGCUCCGUUUGGAUACAGAAUCGCUCCCAGAUACACGAGUCAUCGGUGGUCAAUCAACUAUGGAUCACAGUGCGCAUUACGCUCACGUUGGAACCGUGCUAUUUGGUUAGCGUUGAGCUGGACUUCUGCAGCAAUUCCGGCCAGCGUGCGAUAAGCUUCAUGUGCAACUGCAGCGCCAACAGACCAUGUGCCGAUCGAGGGGUGCAUGAUUCGAACAGUCCACGUGUUAUCAAAUACUACGAUCAGCUGUUCAGUGUGCCACGACUCAAAAUGAUGAUGCGCUGCACCCGGCCCAAUAAUAUGCGACUGGUGCUGAACGAUGUGGGCAACGAUAUGAUUGUGGCACGUUGCACGGACAGUGCCACAUUGUGUCAUCUGCCCAUGCGUAGGCUUUCAUCGGAUUUCGAGCACUAAACAGCCAGAGAGAGAGAGAGAGAGAGAGAGAGAGAGAGAGAGAGAGAAG